AUGGAAGCAGCUCCUGAGAUGGAAUCAAUGCAGGCGCCUCCAGCCCAUCAACUGAAUGGCAACUGGCACUACCAAUUCCGGGUCCUCCUGCUGGGAGAUUCCAUGGUGGGCAAAACGUCUCUGCUGAGACGCUACACAGAGAGAUGCUUUAUCCCAGCUCCAUGCCCCACUGUGGGCGUGGAGUUCUACAGCAAGUUGAUGGAGCUGCCCCCGGGUAUCAAGGUGAAGCUGCAGCUUUGGGACACAGCUGGUCAAGAGAGGUUCAGGUGCAUCACCAGAUCUUUCUACCGGAAUGCAGUGGGUGUGCUGUUGGUCUUUGAUAUGACCAAUCGGAGGUCUUUUGAGAACAUAUUUGAUUGGUACAAUGAAGUGACCAGUGUUAUGGAGAAAGCCAUCUUCCUCCUGAUCGGCCAGAAAAGUGACCUUCCGUCAAUGAACAGAGUCACAGUUGAAGAAGCAGAGGGACUGGCAAUUUCUCUGGGCACACGUUUUAUAGAAACAUCCGCCAAGGACAACAUCAAUAUUGAUUUGGCUUUUGAGACCAUCACUAAUGCUAUCUAUGAGGCUCUGAGAAACAAGGAGAUUGACCUGCAGGAAGGAUGGGAUGGCGUGAAGGUGAUUCAUAAGAAGAGAACGAGCAGCCUUCUGAGGAAGAGGAAACCUCCAGAAGAAAAAUGCCAGUGUUAACCAAGUCAAGGAGUGUGACAUGGUUUGAAGGCAACAGUGAGUGGGCUCUAUAGAGGAUAAAUGAACAGAACUCUUCCAUAGCAGAGUUUCUGAGAUGUGAGCUGCAGAGAAUCUGACUGACUGGUUGACCCUCCUAGCAAAAUUCACUCAUCGGCCAACAAGACUGGCCCCUAUGGAGUAAAAUUAGGAGAGGGCAACCUAUUUUUCCAUCAAGGGCUACAUUCCCUUUGGUGUAAUC